CCUAUUAUAUUCAUUGUUUACGCUACUGAUGUAAAUACUGGAGCUGUGAUUCGCUGCAAAGUUUUUAUUGACAAACUUUCCAGAAUUCAGAUAUUUCAUAAUUCCAUUAAGCUUGACUUAGAUGGGCUUGCCGCGCUUCGAGUCCGUGCCUUUGAUAGUGGUGAAUGUACUUUUUGAAAUGCUAAUUAUCACGAGAUGUUUGGGGCCAUUGAAUUCUCAAUUUCAUUUCUUGGUAGUGCACUCAUUGUUGAUGCUCUUUUUUCUUUUCUUUUUAUUUGAGAGUCAGAGGUAGUCGCCACUCUCUGUGUGUGUUUCAGUAACUGAGCUUCUUGAGAGGCAGAGGUAGUCGGCAGGCGAUCUGUGGCUUCAGAUCCAUUAGCCACACAGAAAAGGAAAGGAAAAAGAUGAGGUGUGGUGUUUGGAGAAGGAGACGGGUGUCUGUAGAAUGCCCCAGAAGCAGUGCUGUUAUGGGAACCUAUAAUUUUACACAGCAAUCAUUGGAUCCAUUCUUCGCAACUCAAUGCGCAAGCCUGAGGAGAAUGUGGCUCAAUUGUCUUCUGAUGAUGUUGCAAUCAAACAUGGCUGACAGAAUUCUAUAAUUCUAAAGGCAACUUCACAGGGACGGGAUAAAUUGACAGCUUCUUUGACUUACUUUAGUGCGCUAAAUGAGACGAAGGAGAUUCUCAAGGUUGCACAAGGAGUCAUGGUUUGUGACCAAGUCAAGUUUAGUUUGGAUAAAAGUGAUGCGUCUCCAACCAUUUUCCGUUCCUGGGCCCCUGCUAUUUAUCAGGAGGUUGUGCUAAGGCAUCCAGUGACUAGAAAUGGUUCUCUUCAGACAUGGGUAUUGUGUCUGUGUCUGUGUCUGCUUCUGGGUUUGUCCAGGCCAAGUAGCCUGGAUUUCUCGAGUCUCAGUGUGCCCUGAGAAAUCAGCAAUGGAUUUGGUCUCUGGUUACAAGGGGGUUGUGGGGCUCGUUUUUGGCAACGAGAAAUCUGGUUCUUCAAAUGAAGAUAGCUAUGUUGAAUGCUUGCUCGAUUGUAUUAGCAAUGGUAAACUGUCAGAGGACAGGAGGACUGCUAUGCUCGAGCUUCAAUCUGUUGUGGCAGAAAGCUCUAAUGCACAGCUAGCAUUUGGAGCAAUGGGCUUUCCUGUUAUGAUGGGCAUAUUAAAGGAAGAACGCGAUGAUGUUGAAAUGGUUCGAGGUGCCCUAGAAACUCUUGUAAGUGCCUUGACUCCUAUUGACCAUGCAAAAGGCCCAAAGAAUGAAAUUCAACCAGCUCUAAUGAACGCUGAUCUGCUCUCCAGAGAAGCAGACAACAUUUCACUUCUUCUGAGUUUGUUGUCAGAGGAGGAUUUCUAUGUACGAUAUUACACUCUUCAACUUUUGACAGCUCUUCUCACAAAUUCUCCAAAUAGGUUACAGGAAGCCAUUCUGACCAUACCUCGUGGUAUAACUCGCUUAAUGGAUAUGCUUAUGGAUCAUGAGGUUAUACGAAAUGAGGCCUUAUUACUUCUUACUUACUUGACCCAUGAAGCUGAGGAAAUUCAAAAAAUUGUGGUCUUCGAAGGUGCUUUUGAGAAGAUUUUCAGCAUCAUCAAAGAAGAAGGUGGUUCCGAUGGUGGUGUUGUUGUGCAGGACUGUAUUGAAUUGCUGAACAAUCUUAUUCGGAAGAAUGCAUCUAAUCAGGUACUACUGAGGGAGACGAUAGGAUUUGACCCCUUCAUGUCAAUUUUGAAGCUACGAGGGAGUACUUACAGCUUCACUCAACAAAAGACAAUUAAUCUACUCAGUGCGUUGGAAACUCUUAAUUUGCUAAUAAUGGGAGGUUCGGAGGCUGAUCAUGGAAAAGAUGCAAAUAUGCUGACAAAUAGGACAACCCUCGUUCAGAAGAAAGUCUUGGACCAUCUUCUAAUGCUGGGUGUAGAAAGCCAGUGGGCACCUGUUGCUGUCCGUUGUGCAGUAAGAUAGUUCUUCACCUUCUUCAUCCUC